CUUAUAGAUUUAGUAGAAAGAAAAGAUAAGGAGAAAUUCGAGUUACUUCAAAAGAAAGAAGAAAAACUGGAUCUUGUUAGAACAUUAGAAGCGGAGAAACUAGCCCUUGCUCAACAACUUAUUGAAUUAAAAGAAAAAGAAAAGAGAGAUAUCAUAGAAUUGAAGGAAUAUGAAAAACGUGAAUUAAUAGAAAAGAACCAGAAAGAGCCGACUUCCGGCUUUUUCUGGUUCUUUUAG